UUCUCUUUCAAUGAUUGGGGAGGGCUCAGAACUGGACAGGCGCCAGGACACCUGAGUUCAGUUCCUCGCCUGCCCAGACCCCUUCUAGGUGUUCAGCUUACCCACGCUGGGGUGGAGCGGAAGGGCUAAGGGGUUGGUCCAGACCUCCUGCUUCCCUGCCCUAGGGCUGUUGGUGAUGGCUCCGCCACAAAGUCUGGCACAAUGCGGCAAAAGUUUGAGGUUCAGAGAGGUCUCAGCAAGUAAAUGCCAGAGCCCAGACUAGAACCCAUGUAGAGGAUUUUUCUGUAGAACGGAUCAAUCAGCCUCACAUAAGCAGAGGUUGCAGAAGUACAGUGGCAGAACUGAAGAGGUUGCUCAAGUAUCUAGGGACCUGUGCUCCAGCCCUGUUCUGUACCGAGGGAUUUGGGAACUGGGAUCAUAGAGCCCCUUCCUCUGCCACUUCUGCUUCAUUUCCUGCUCAGUCAUUCCAUCUGGUUUGGGUGGAAAGUAUCAUUCCCCAUUAAAAACAUUUAAUGAGGGGUGAAAUUUUAUCCCUGGGCUCAAGAGUAUAGUUAACGGUAGUUCUGCUUCUGUGGGAAGUCCUCUGUCAUAGCACCUCACUAUAGAGUGAGCCCAUAUGGAAUGGUGAAGGGACUGAAUCCUGAGACCCAAAUGUCUCUUCAGUAGAAGCACCAAAAUUAAAAUAUUUUUAGAGGCAGAGAACAAAAUUAAGACAAGGCUCCAGGGGCGCCUGGGUGGCUCAGUGGGUUAAGCGUCUGACUUUGGCUCAGGUCAUGAUCCCGUGGUUUGUGAGUUCAAGCCCCAUGUCCGGCUAUGUGCUGACAGCUUGGAGCCUGGAGUCUGCUUCAGAUUCUAUAUCUCCCUUUCUCUCUGCCCCUCCCCCCUCACACUCUGUCUCUCUCUUCUCAAAAAUAAAUAAACAUUAAGAAAAAAAUUUUUUAAAGACAGGGCUCUAAACUGAAAGUCAGUACUCUGUACUUUCCGUGACAAGUCUUAAGCAAGUUCUCACUGCAACUCCGCUCCCCCUGUAGAGAAUUAGAUUUUUUUGAGAGAGAGAGAGAGAGAGAUAGAGCAUGCGUGAGGGGGAGAGGGGCAGAGAGAGAGAGAGAAUCCCAAGCAGGCUCCACGCUCAGCAAAGAGCCCGACUCGGGGAUCAAACGCAUGACUGCAGGAUCAUGACUUGAGCUGAAAUCGAGUCAGACACUCAACUGACUGAGCCACUCAGGGGCCCUGAGUGUUUUUGUAACACCAUCCAACAAGAUAAGUGGAAAGAGAUCCAGAGUACUUUGGGAUUUUUGUAGGCUGGCAAAGAAUGCAGACACAUCCUCCUCCCUGAUAUUGACCCUCCAUGAUGUCCAUUUCCUCUGCCUUCCUGGAAACAGAUCAUGGAAAGGAACAACAUCAUUGAUUUCAAGGCUUUGGAGAAAGAGCUGCAGGCUGCACUCGCUGCUGAUGAGAAAUACAAACGGGAGAAUGCUGCCAAGUUACGGGCAGUGGAACAGAAGGUGGCUUCCUAUGAGGAGUUCAGGGGUAUUGUCCUUGCAUCACAUCUGAAGCCACUGGAGCGGAAAGACAAGAUAGGAGGAAAGAGGACUGUGCCCUGGAACUGUCACACUACUCAGAGAGGGACCUCCCAGGAGGAGGCCACUGAAAUCUCCCAGGAGAAAACACUUCUCCAGCCCGAGACCUCCGCAGAGUUCUACCGUGCUUGGCGGCGACACCUGCGGAGUGGGCCAGAGCGCUACCAGGCCCUGCUGCAGCUCGGAGGUCCAAAGCUGGGUCACCUCUUCCAGAUGGACGUGGGGUUCGGACUUCUAGGGGAGCUGCUGGUGGCACUGGCCGAACACGUGAGGCCAACCGACCGGUUGGUGGUGCUAGGGAUCCUGCGCAGCCUGGCCAGCACUGGGCGCUUCACCCUGAACCUGAGCCUGCUGAGCCAGGUGGAGAGAGAGGCCUGCAGAGGCCUGUUUCAGAAGCUGCAGGCCAUGAGUACUCUCAGACCCACAGAGGAGGAGGAGGGGCUCGGCCAGGAGGAGGAGCGGGGUCUGGAGGAGCAGCCUGGUGAGAUCCAGGAGGAGGAAAGGCUUUUGCAAGAGUUGCUGGGGGUGUACCAGGUGGAUUGACCGGACCAGUUGCCUCCAGAGCCCCCCAGUGGUCACUGGAGGCUUUUUCUGCUUGUUGUCCUGGGGGCUCUGCAGGACUGUAAUGAGAAGCCCACACCUGAUUUCCUUCUCAGCUUGGAAUUUUCAGAGCAAAUAAAAGAAUCGAAUCUUCCUGA